UUUCAUUAAUUUAUUUUAAUAUUUGGAUUGACUUAGACUACUAUGAGUUGUUAAUUCUUGUGUAUUUUUUUCCAUAUAUAUACGAGAAUGCAAUAUUCUUUCGGUAUUAUGAUUAAAAUCAUAAGAAAAAAAAUUCACUUUGGUUUUUCUCUCUUUGUUAUUUUCUGAGAUUUUCUCUUUUUUUCUUUUCCUUUAAACUUUUUGUUUCUUUUUUUUUUUGAACUAUGGCUAAUGCCAACGAUUUUGAAGGCCUCAAGAAUGAGGAGGUUGAUCUGGAAAAAAUUCCAAUUGAAGAAGUUUUUCAGCAGCUGAAAUGUACCAGGGACGGUUUAACAACCCAAGAAGGAACAAACAGACUCCAAAUAUUUGGACCCAACAGGCUGGAAGAGAAGAAGGAAAGUAAAUUCCUCAAGUUUCUUGGGUUUAUGUGGAACCCCUUGUCCUGGGUUAUGGAAGCUGCUGCUAUCAUGGCCAUAGCACUUGCUAAUGGGGGUGGGAAGCCACCAGAUUGGCCUGAUUUUGUUGGUAUCAUCUGUUUGUUGUUCAUCAAUUCUACUAUCUCGUAUAUUGAAGAGAACAAUGCUGGAAAUGCCGCUGCUGCACUCAUGGCUAAUCUUGCUCCAAAGUGUAAGCUGCUUAGGGAUAAUAAAUGGAGUGAGGCAGACGCUGCAAUGUUGGUGCCAGGAGAUAUCAUCAGCAUCAAAUUGGGUGACAUUAUCCCUGCUGAUGCACGUCUUCUUGAAGGUGACGCCUUGAAGGUUGAUCAGUCUGCUCUUACAGGAGAAACAUUUCCCGUUACCAAGAACCCUGGGGAUGAAGUUUUCUCCGGAUCAACAUGUAAGCAAGGUGAGCUUAUGGCUGUUGUUAUUGCCACUGGUGUCCACACCUUCUUUGGGAAGGCAGCCCACCUUGUCGACAGCACCAACAAUGUUGGUCAUUUUCAGAAGGUUCUUACCUCCAUUGGUAACUUCUGCAUCAUCUCCAUUGCGGUGGGUAUGGUGAUUGAGAUCAUUGUGAUGUACCCAAUCCAGCGUCGUAAGUACAGGGAUGGAAUCCACAAUCUGUUGGUUCUUUUGAUUGGUGGUAUCCCAAUUGCCAUGCCUACAGUGUUGUCUGUGACUAUGGCUAUUGGGUCCCACAGGCUCUCUCAACAAGGAGCUAUUACAAAGAGAAUGACUGCCAUUGAGGAAAUGGCUGGUAUGGAUGUGCUCUGCAGUGACAAGACUGGUACUUUGACUCUCAACAAGUUGAGUGUUGACAAGAACUUAAUUGAGGUAUUUUCCAAGGAUGUUGAUAAGGAGCAUGUUCUCCUUCUUGCCGCAAGGGCCUCACGUGUUGAGAACCAAGAUGCUAUUGAUACUUGCAUGGUUGGAAUGCUUGCUGACCCCAAAGAGGCUAGAGCUGGAAUUACGGAGGUACACUUUCUUCCAUUCAAUCCUGUGGAAAAAAGGACUGCUUUGACUUACAUAGAUGAUAAAGGAAACUGGCAUAGAGCUAGUAAAGGUGCACCUGAGCAGAUUCUUGACUUGUGCAAUUGCAAUGAUGCCAUCAGAAAGAGGGUUCAUGAAGCGAUUGAGAAGUUUGCUGAACGUGGUCUUCGUUCAUUGGGUGUAGCAAGACAGGAAGUGCCUGAAAAGAACAAGGAAUCUCCAGGUGCACCAUGGGACUUUGUUGGUUUGUUGCCACUUUUUGAUCCUCCAAGGCAUGACAGUGCUGAAACUAUCCGCAAGGCCCUCAACCUUGGUGUCAAUGUUAAGAUGAUUACAGGUGAUCAACUUGCCAUUGGUAAGGAAACUGGUAGAAGACUUGGUAUGGGAACAAAUAUGUACCCAUCUUCUGCUUUGCUUGGAAAAGACAAAGAUACUGCCGGCCUUCCUAUAGAUGAGUUGAUUGAGAAAGCUGACGGUUUUGCUGGAGUAUUCCCAGAGCAUAAGUACGAAAUUGUCAAGAUAUUGCAAGAGAAGAAGCACAUUGUCGGUAUGACCGGAGAUGGUGUCAAUGAUGCCCCUGCAUUGAAGAAGGCAGAUAUCGGUAUUGCAGUUGAUGAUGCAACUGAUGCUGCUAGAAGUGCUUCUGACAUUGUUCUCACUGAGCCUGGUCUUAGUGUUAUCAUCAGUGCUGUGCUAACCAGUAGGGCUAUUUUCCAGAGGAUGAAGAACUACACUAUCUAUGCAGUCUCCAUCACAAUCCGUAUUGUGGUCGGCUUUUUGCUUAUCGCUUUGAUCUGGAAAUUCGACUUCUCACCCUUCAUGGUUUUGAUUAUUGCCAUCCUAAAUGAUGGUACAAUCAUGACUAUCUCAAAGGAUCGAGUCAAGCCAUCUCCAAUGCCUGAUAGCUGGAAGCUCAAUGAAAUCUUUGCCACUGGAAUUGUUCUUGGAGGUUACCAAGCCUUGAUGACUGUCAUUUUCUUCUGGGUUAUGAAGGACACAGACUUCUUUUCUGAAAAAUUUGGUGUAAGAUCCUUGAGAGACAGUCGCGAGGAAAUGAUGGCUGCUUUAUACCUCCAAGUGAGUAUAGUAAGUCAAGCCCUUAUUUUCGUGACCCGGUCUCGCAGCUGGUCCUUUGUUGAGCGUCCUGGUAUGAUGUUGAUGAUAGCUUUCGCGAUUGCUCAGCUGGUGGCAACUGUUAUUGCUGUAUAUUUUACCUGGGGUUUUGCUGAGAUAAAAGGAUGUGGAUGGGGAUGGGCUGGUGUAGUUUGGAUCUACAACAUAGUUUUCUAUUUCCCACUCGACGUACUCAAGUUUGCCAUUCGCUAUAUCUUGAGUGGAAAGGCAUGGCUGAACUUAUUUAACAGCAAGACUGCAUUUUCCACCAAGAAGGAUUUUGGAAAAGAAGAGAGGGAAGCUCACUGGGCCGAAACACAGCGGACUCUACAUGGGCUUCAACCACCCGAGGCUUCUUCCACCCUCUUCAGUGACAGCGCCAGCUACAGGGAACUCUCCGAGAUUGCUGAGCAAGCCAAAAGGCGUGCUGAAGUUGCAAGGCUUCGUGAGUUGCACACGCUUAAAGGACAUGUCGAGUCAGUGGCGAAGCUCAAGGGCCUAGACGUGAACACCCAGGAUUCUCACUACACCGUCUGAAAAACUUAAGUGAGCAAGAGAGCAAGCUAAGAGAUCAAGGCCUUCGUAAGGGGGUGGGUGUAGUUGAUGACGAAGACGUUUGCUAAUUGAGUGAUGCUUUAAGGGCAGGGACUUAAUUAAAAGGCCCCAAGUAGUGCAGAAGUUUGUGCAUGAAAGUUUAUGGAGAACAAUUAAUUUUAUGAUGUAUAAGUGUCUCCUAAAACAGACCAAUUUUUUCUUUGUUAUUAUUAUUUUUUAUUGUUAUAAAUUACAACAUAUCUUAUUUGAUGUUACUCUGGAAGUUCAACUAAUUUAAUAAAUUUAUUUGAUUUUA